AUGCAUGCAACAAGACCAUUCCUGCUAGGCGAUGAAAAUGCUGAAGUCUCAAUGGAGUGUAUUUCUGCCGCUAAGGCAAGCCUGGAGUUAGUCGACAAGAUGGCAGGCGACAGCACUUUGUUUCACUCCUUUUGGUGGACACAUUAUGUCACUUUUUGUGCUUUAGCGGUGGUCUAUGUCUGGGGAAUUCAGUUGGGCAGGCGACCAGCACGUCAGACCGAUGAUGAAUUUUAUGCCAAGUUGUUCGAUUUGGCUGAGAGAUGUCGGGUUCAUCUAAGGCAAGCGACAGCCGGUCUUUCGCCUAACCGUCGGUACGACAUAAUCCUUGAGGAAUUGAGAAAAGAAGCUCGCAACUCCCACAAUAAUAAACGUGGAAUAGCUGAACUCGAUCGUGAAGAGUUCCAGAGUAUCGAGGGUGAGGAUAACGCCGGUCUCCAUGACCCAUUUUUCAACGAUCCCCACUCUUGUGACCCCAAUUUUCUAGGAAUUUCUUACAAUGGAUCGACUUCUGCGGCAUUCGGAUUCGAAGGGGCCUUUCAAUUUUCUGACUGGCUAACGCUUGACUCAUCGGUAAGGUCUACAAUCAAUAUUUUUAGAACCUCAUCAUUGGCUAACUUUGCUCAAGGCCUUUUUUCCAGUGUCUGA